GCUGCAGAUAUGCCAGACCUCUUGUGGGGAGAAGCAUUUCAAUUUUCAGUUGAUGUCGGCAAUAUUUGUGCUACAACUGCGGAGGGUGGAGGCACACCCUACUUCCGGCGGUUCGGUGACCGGCCGGAUCUGCGCAAGUCGAAGCUGGAGAAUCCUGGCAAACCUGGAUUGUUCAUGGGAUACGCCAAGCAUUCUGAGUGCUAUCGGGGCUUGAGUCUGGUGACUGGCAAUCUACAGGAAGUUCGUUCUGUGGAGUUCCAGGAGGGAUGGACUGUUGGGCGUAGCUACGUGGAGCGUGUGCUCAAGAACAGAUAC